UUUACAUGAUCGAUCAUAAUGUCUGUGAUCAUCACAGACAUAGUUUUGUUGUAGUUCACUGUUUUCUGAAAUAGAUUAUGACUGUCAAAGAUACUCUCACCUCAGACCUAUGUUGAUGAGCACUUGUUGACUCAGACAGUAAUAUUAGCUUGUCAUAUCAGCAGACCUGAGUAACAGCUCCUCCCAGUGGAGAGCUGUGGUAACGACAGGAAAGAUCCUGAAGACUCUGGAGCUCCUCCAGUUAGAAUAUAAAAGCUGGGACAGUCCCACUGCUGAGACAGAAAAGACACAAGCAACACAGAAGACAACAGACACUGUAACAGUGUUUCAUCUCACAACAAGAGGACUCGACUCUAAACACACUCUGAAGAUGCUGUGCUCUCAUGGAUUCCAGUCUGCCCUCAGUCCAUUCAGCUUCUACUGGCCUGUACGCAUUCUGUGGCCAGAGGUCAGACCUCUGCUCUACCAGCAGGAUCGACUGCAGAGAAACCUACAGGAGCUGUGCAGCAGUCUGGAGCUGAUGGAAAAACUUCAACACAACAUCCUGGAGGAGACGAAGCCUUUCCAAAGCAAUGUGGCCGUGCAGCCAGUCUCCUACCAGCUGGAGAAAGAGGGAGAGCACUUUAACCUGACUCUGGACACUCAAGGCUUUUCCCCAGAGGAGCUGUCUGUCAGGCAGGUGGGCAGGAAGCUGAGAGUCAGUGGGAAGACAGAGAAGAAGCAGGAGGACGGGAAGGGCUCCUACUCUUACAGACUCCAGGAGUUCAGACAGGAGUUUGAUCUGCCUGAAGAACUGAACCCUGAAGCCGUCACCUGCUGCCUGGCUCCAGACGGGAAGCUCCGCGUCCAGGCAGCCAGAGCUCCAUGUGCUGAGGAGGCUGAGAGUGAGCUGACUAUCAAGAGGAGCCUGGAGGACAAAACACAGCAGAGUGUGUGUUCACACACAGAGGACAGCAGCACAGAGACACACAACAGCACACAGGACAAACCUGAACACAUGGACUGAUCAGUGUUGCUGUGAAAAGUUGUAAUAAAUGAUUUUUGUAGAUAUUUAUAUGUGCAUUCAUAUAUGUAAGAACUGGGUAUGAUAAAUAAAUGUUAAAACCAUA